CGACAUCAAGCUGCAACCUUCGUCGCAACACCAUCAAUCAUCUUAAACCUCUAUAUGAGGUCAUUUUUUCCCUUUUUAUCCCCUUUUAGCUGUCGAAUGUGUAUCUUCUAGUAGUUCGUGCGUGUUGUGGGGACAUCUCUAGUCGGCUCACCCCCCUCCCCCGGCGUUUGACCGAAGCUAUUCCCGGAAAAAUAAAUAGUCUACAAAAAGACUAUUAUUUUCUUUUCUUUUUACAAAGAUUAGACAAAUAAUCGCCGGGAUGGCGUCACGACGGUCGAGGUCUCCAUCGACCCCUUCUGAGGGUGAGAUCAUCGAGUCAGGCUCAGACACGAAGGCAACUACGUCACAGACUUCUGUUAAUGGCAUCAACGUUGACCGUAAUACCAGAACCAAUAUUUCUGCGCCAAGAUCCCCCCAUUCUCUUUCCAGACCGUUUCGCCGUGAAAGAUCGAGAUCGAGAUCGAGAACAAGAUCCCGCUCCCCAUAUCGUGGAUCCAGAACCGAAAACCGAAGACGCGAUGUUGAUUAUGACUCCGAAUGGGACCGUCGGACGAUCCCCUCGAGCCGUUUAGCUUCCAGAUACGAUGAUAGAUAUCAAAGCGGAUACACUUCGAGACGGCGUAGGAGAGGGUAUUAUGAUCAUGACCGAGACGAUGGUCAUUAUGAUUCUAGAAAACGCCCUAGGACCCAAAGCAGAUCUCCGUUCCGCGAUACUAGAAGUUCGAAGCAGUAUUCAGGUGAUGAACGAGAUUAUGAUAGUGAUAGACUAUCUAAAACCCGUGACCGGAGUGGCCAACCCUACAUGGGUGAUAGGAGGCCGUCUUCUGAACAGUUAGUGAGCGAGAGGGGGAAGUCCCCAAGUGACGCUCGAAAAGAGAGACAACAGGCUGAAUCUCGAGGAAAUCAGAUGCAACAGUCUUCAUCCGCCGCUGCUCAAUCGGGUCAAUGGGAUACUACACCGGCUUCAAACAAUGAUCAUGGCACCAACGGGUCCCCGCCGGAACCGGUUGACGAAGCUACAUUGAUUGAGCAACGCCGAAGGCGCCGUGAAGCCAUCAAAGCUAAGUAUCGCGACCAGUCAACACCUCUCAUCGUCAAGGCCCUGGAAGCUGGGAAUGAGACAGACUCCACAGUACAGAAUUCAGGUCAACCUAUGGCUCGUAACGAUACAGCAACAGUUUCGCAUAUUAGUACCGCUGUAGAGACGCCCGAGGAUACGUCCGGCGCCCCAUCGCCCACUGAACUAAAGGUUUCCCGAGAUGAAGAUCUUGCUAACGCAAACGUCGUGAUCACCAACGGUGCUGACAAGGAUGACUCGUCUGUGGACUAUGAUCCAACCCAAGACAUGAGAGAGGAUAAGAUGCGCCACGAUAAAAGACAUUUUGGGGAAGACAUAACGUCUGGUGCUUACGAUGAAACUAAAGCAGCGAAACAAGAUGUCCUUGUACCCAGCCCAAACACAGACAACCCAGCCCAAGUUAAACCGAAAAACCUUCUAGAUAUAGAUAUGUUUGCGCCGGAUGAUGAUAUGUUUGCUGAGGCUCCUAGUACCUCCAAAGCCCCCGAAGUCGCUUCAAAGCCAAGUGUACCACAGGAACUUGACAUGAGCAUGAUGGAUAACUGGGAUGACCCUGAAGGUUAUUAUAUUGUCAUGUUGGGGGAGCUGGUGGAUGGGCGGUAUCAUGUGCAGCAAAAUUUGGGUAAGGGUAUGUUUUCUUCAGUGGUUCGUGCUACGGAUUCGAAAACGGGAAAGCUCGUCGCUAUUAAAAUCAUUCGCAAUAAUGAUACUAUGAGAAAGGCCGGCAUGAAGGAGAUAGAGCUAUUGGAGCAGUUGUUGGCGGCAGAUCCAGAUGACAAAAAACAUAUCAUCCGAUUCGAGAGGCAUUUCGAACACAAAGGCCAUCUUUGCAUGGUGUUUGAAAACCUUAGCAUGAAUCUUCGCGAAGUACUAAAAAAGUUUGGCCGUGAUGUCGGCAUUAAUCUCAGAGCCAUCCGUGCCUACGCCCACCAGAUGUUCCUAGGCCUGAGCCUUCUCCGCAAAUGCAAUAUCCUCCACGCAGAUCUAAAACCCGACAACCUCCUCGUCAACGAAAACCGAAACCUACUGAAAGUAUGCGAUCUGGGCUCUGCCUCCCCCGCCUCUGAAAACGAGAUUACCCCUUACCUUGUCAGCCGUUUCUACCGGGCUCCAGAAAUAAUUCUAGGAAUUCCAUAUGAUUAUGCCAUUGACAUGUGGUCCAUUGGUUGUACUCUCUUCGAGUUGUAUACUGGCAAGAUUCUAUUCACAGGCCGCACUAACAACCAAAUGCUCCGCUCCAUAAUGGAAUGCAGGGGAAAACUCCCGCCCAAAUUCCUCCGGCGAGGCACUCUUACCUAUCUCCAUUUUGACGACUUUUUGAACUUCCGUAGCGUGGAAGAGGACAAAGUCACCGGCCGGAUGGUGACAAGAGUCUUGGACUUCAAGAAGCCGACGAGGGAUUUGAAGACGAGGUUGAUGGGGAAAGGAUCGAAAGGUAUGAGUGAUUCAGAAGGGAAGGAGCUCAUGCUGUUCAUUGAUCUGUUGGAUCGGUGCUUAAGUAUCAAUCCCGAGAAGAGGUGUACACCUUCAGAAGCGUUGAAGCAUCCAUUCAUCACUAGGGGUAAAAUAUGAGAUGAAAAGGAUUGGGAGUAAAUAGGGGUGGGUAGAUGAAAUCUAGAUAUGGGGCGGUGUUAUGGGUGUGGAUUUCGCUUCCUUUCACUCCCUCCGUUCACCUAGUUUACAAAUGUGACGGGUGACAAGAUGAUAGAUCUACCUCGUCCCCUUGUAUUUUCCCCCCCUUGGUGUAUAUAACCUAUUUUAAUAUUUUAUGUGGUUGCCCUGUGGCACUACCAAAUAGAUUUAACAGAUCUUGAGUAUAAACUUUUUUUGCAACUUCUUCCCUUUUUGACUUCUCGCUGGGUUCUGCCAUAGUUAUUUUGUGUGGCAACGUAUCCCUGAACGUUUGUUGAAUGACUAGUCAAAUCCUCCGUAUUAUAUCGUAGGAUAAUCGAAAAUUCAAAUCCACAGCCUCCAUAUCAAUCCGGGUAAUCGUAUAUACAACGUAAUAACGACCUAUCCCGCGUUUGCAUGAAUAUCACUUUCCCCUUCAACUAGUGCUCCCCUAUCUUCGACGGGGUACUUAUCCAAGCUCUCAUACCACUGAAUUACCGAAGCGAUCAAGAAGGCCCAUGAAGCCCAGAAAGUAGAGAGACUGGCCUGAUAUUGUAAACCGGAGUUGUUAUAUGCAAGGAGAAAAAUGCCAGAGAGCUGUUUUGGAUUCCGGAGUGGGUAUUUCUGUUAGUUCUAUACGGAGGUAGUAGAGAUAGUGCCAAAAAGAAAAGCGAAACGAACAGUGAACCCGAUUGAACCUAUAAAAUUCCAGAGGUUAAUGUGCCAUCCCAGUGUUCGAAGAGCCGGAGUGUACCAGUUCUUCUGCGUCUCAAGCAUGAAUAGCGUCCUAGAAAGAAUGUUAGAUAUUAUGUCCGUGUGAGAAGACAAUUCUCGAACAACGGGUUGAAGGGUGGACGGGAAACUGGCAGGCCUGAUUUCGAAAACUUACGAGCUCAUAAUAAAUCCCACUCCACCUAUUAUCUGAGAGGCCCGGUACACGCCGUCGGCCAGAUUUUCGCUAAGAUGGUUGUUAAUCCCAGGUAAAGCGGUAACGCCAGCUAUCCAAAAUAUUGUAGCCCCGAUAAGUUGAGCCGAGGAAGCUAGAAAGCCUAGCUCGUAAAUAUAAUGAGUUCGAAGGUCUCUCAGUGUUGGGAACCACUUGAAAUUCGG